GGCGAGCCGCGCGCGAUGGACGUCCCCUCGAUCGACUGGGAGGCGGAGAGCUACCCCGCGCACGCCGACUUCGCGGUCCUCCCCUUCUUCGUCGCCUUCUUCCUCGCCGUCCGCUUCCUCCUCGACCGCUUCGUCUUCGAGAGGCUAGGCAAGCGUAUGAUUUUUGGGAAGGGGGAUGCGGAAAAGCUUGAUUCUGAGACAUAUGCAGGGAAGAUUAAAAUCAGAAAAUUUAAGGAAUCGGCUUGGAAAGGCGUUUAUUUCCUCUCCGCGGAAUUACUGGCAUUGAGUGUGACGUACAACGAGCCAUGGUUCACGAAUACGAUGAACUUCUGGGUUGGACCGGGAGAUCAGAUUUGGCCAGAUCAAAGAAUGAAGUUUAAACUAAAGGUGGUUUACAUGUAUGGUGCUGGCUUUUAUAUGUACUCAAUAAUCGCUCUUCUGUUUUGGGAAACAAGGCGUUCAGACUUUGGUCUUUCGAUGACUCAUCAUGUAGCAUCUGUUUUUCUCAUCGUAAUGUCUUACAUAUUCAGAUUUGCACGCGUGGGUUCAGUUGUCCUUGCCCUUCAUGAUGCAAGUGAUGUGUUCCUGGAGGUGGGAAAAAUUUCCAAGUACAGUGGCCGCCAGGUGGUUGCUGAUGUAUCAUUUCUUCUUUUCGUCAUUUCUUGGGUAAUCCUUCGCCUGAUAUAUUUUCCAUUCUGGGUUCUCCGGAGCACAAGCUAUGAAGUUAUUCUGGUUUUGGACAAGGAGGAGCAUAAAUCUGAUGGGCCCAUAUACUACUAUGUUUUCAACUGCCUUCUCUUCUCCCUCCUUGUUCUGCACAUAUAUUGGUGGGUUUUAAUGUGUCGAAUGCUUAUGAGGCAAGUUCAGUCUAGAGGGCAUGUUGGGGAUGACAUCAGAUCUGAUUCGGAAUCUGAAGAGGAACAUGAGGAUUAAUAUUUUUCAAGAACACAACAUGAGGAUUGAUCGAACCACGUAGAUUCUGAAGAUCAAGAGGAACAUGAUGAUUAUCUGAACUGUUUCUGUUUUAUCUGCUUCCUUAUGUCAUAGAUCUGAUAUAUUAGCAUGCUGUGCCAUGUGUCUGAAUCAUUGAUCUGUCAUGCUUGUCCUUCUCCGGGUAAAAUUCACAGAUAGAUGUCAUGAGAGCAUUUUGCAUUUGUGUAAACUUAGGGCAAACUGUAUACUAUCCUUAUUAAAAAAAAGUGUAUAGUGUCACAUUGAUACAAUAUGCGACGGAAAGCAUGACCUGUGUACACCGGCGGACCGUGGCUGCCACUCAAGGAGGGGCCGGUUGGGGUAGACUGGGCCGAACUGAGCCACUGGGCCAAUAAUAGUUCACAAAUUAAUAUUUAAUGGUCCUGAUGGUUAAAAAAACCUUGCUAAUAUUGUUUUUCAGUUUGGAAAGACCGGGCCAUGGCCUGGUUUGGUGCCCAAGAGGGUCUGCUUGUGUACAUAUCUGCCUGUAUCCCCAUUCAAACUUCAAAUAUAUGCAAUGUUUCUAAUCAGUUUACUUGAGAUAGCAGAGCAGUUUAUUGAAAUUUAUGCGCCUUUCUUAAAGCAAGAAUCCAUGCACUUUUACCAAACAUAGGAAUGGAGCAUAGUGCAAAUACACCCCUUUCUCAAAGAUAGAUUUUUAAUCUUUACUGCACUGGUCAAGAAAUCGCCGAUAGUGGUAAUUAUUUUUCCAGAAGUGUGUAGCCAUGUUUUAGUGUAUGUAUCUGUUAAUGGUAAGCCUUGCUGUUUGUUGUUUAAUGUCCUCAUAGAUGAUAGAUCACUGGUUAGUGGGACUGUGGGACCAUGUUGUUCAAAAUCCGGUAUGUUACUAUUCUCCAUUUUUUUCCAACACAAAGUAGAGUUGUUAUCUUCAUGUGUACAUGCUACUAACAGUAGAAGUCCCAAUCUUUGUUUGUACUGUCGUGAGUUACUGAAACUAUUCGUUAGAAAAUUUCCUUUAUGCCACAUUUCACAAUUAUGUUGGACUGCACACGGUUCGUCAUCAAAUGGUCUCAGAGCAAGUUAUAAUUAUUUAAAUCUUCCAAGUAAAGUUACAGGACAAACUGCAGUACUAUGAUAACCAAACCGCAGUGCACAAUAGUUAAUGAUACAUAAGAGAUUAUGGGCCCUGCACUGAACCAUAUUACUGAGCCCAUCAUAGUGUCUGUCAACACAAUUUUCUCAUCUCAUUGCAUCAGAUUUCAGAACCAUAGAACAGUAGCAUGACCACUGUCUGGUAGGGCUGGUAUUGUCAACAUCUGGUCUAGUUCAUGCUCUAUAUCUGAUCUUUUAGCGAAGCGACCCUUGAUCCGUGGCCGUGCUUCUGCAUAUGCUUUCCUUGUUGCAUAUCUUAUGGUCUUCUGGAACGUCCUCGCCUGCUUCUUCUCCUUGUACCUGAGGACCCUGGCAUCUCUAUCCAUGGCGCUGAAAUGCACUGGCAUCUGAAGUGAAUGGCCCGCGAGUUCCAUGGCUUCACUGGUUCUUUGGAUGUUAGUAUUUGAAACAUCUGGUCUGGUGUUGUCUGGUACUAUACCGACCUCCAUUGACGAGAAAGGUAUCUGAGACAGAAUUAGGAAAUGGUCAGUAAAAUAUGUCAAUAAUAGGGGAAGUGCCGACUUUAAGCACCUGCAAUAAUAUGAAACUGAAACCCUAACCCCCAAAACUGUUAAACCAGAACAUAUAUGUGGUAAAUGAGUUUGAGAUCCGCAUGUAACGAGCAGUUCAAAGUUUAGAUGCAGAGGGACAGAUAGGCUAAGUUAUGUAGGAGUUAUCUAUGCAUUUAUAUUUUAAAGUUGCUCCUUGCACUAUAUAAGGACAGAGAGAAUAAAGAGGUGAAGUGGAAACAUGCUGGUAGCCAGCUCCUUUUUGACGCAGUAUGUGGGAAGAGAAUUAAAACAAAAUAUCAGUCUAAAAGCCCUGACGCAGAAACAUUGAAGAAACAGAGAAAAGAGGAAAAGAAGG